UUAUUUUUCUUUUCUCACACAAAAACGCUCCUCUCUCAUUUUUCUUCUUCUUCUUCUUCCUCUUCUUUCUUCUUCUAUAUGGAAUGUGUAUCACACUAUCUUCAAUUUCAAUUACUCAAAUAUUCACCUAUAAUAAUCAUUUCAUUUUUUCUCCCUUAACAACCCAAAACCAAAUUUCAUUCAUAUAUUUUAUUUUCUAUUUAAAACAAUGCUUUCGAGAUCUUGUUUGGGUUUAUUAAAUCACGUAUCAGUGAAUAAUUACGAAAACCUAAGCAACGUUCCAAACGUUAUGUCGGUAAGCGAAGAAGAUUUACCAAAAACGAAUAACAACGUUUUAGUUUCUUCUUCUUCGCCUUUUUUGAGUGAACGAAGAAGAAUGAUAAUAGUGACGAAUCAGUUACCAAUAAAAGUUUCAAACGAAGGUCAAAAGUGGAAUUUCGAAUGGGAUUUUGACACCAUAGCUUUUCAGCUAAAAGACGGUUUCUCUUCAAACGUUGAAGUUUUAUACGUUGGUUCGUUAAAAACAGAGAUCGAAGUUUUCGAACAAGAUGAAGUUUCUCAGGUACUGUUUGAAAAGUUUCGCUGUGUUCCAACUUUUUUACCUUCAGAUAUUCACAACAAAUUCUACCAUGGUUUUUGUAAGCAUUAUCUAUGGCCUCUUUUUCACUACAUGCUUCCUGUGUCAAAGAGUCAAGGAUCACGUUUCGAUCGUUCUCAAUGGCUUGCUUAUGUUUCAGCGAAUCGAAUAUUCGCUGACAAGGUUACUGAGGUUAUCAACCCUGACGAGGAUUAUGUUUGGGUUCACGAUUAUCAUCUUAUGAUUUUGCCAACUUUUUUGAGGAAGCGUUUUCCUCGUGUGAAAUUGGGUUUCUUUCUUCACAACACUUUUCCCAGUUCGGAAAUUUAUCGAACAAUUCCUGUGCGUGAGGAAAUUCUAAGAGGUUUUUUGAAUUGUGAUUUAAUUGGGUUUCAUACUUUUGAUUAUGCGAGACAUUUUUUGUCUUGUUGUAGUAGGAUGUUGGGUUUGGAUUAUGAGUCUAAAAGAGGUUACAUUGGACUUGAUUACUUUGGUAGAACCGUGACCGUGAAGAUUUUACCUGUUGGGAUUCAUAUGGGUCUUCUUCAAUCGGUUUUGUCGUUGAAUCAGACUUGUAAGAGGGUUUUGGAGUUGAAGGAAGAGUUUGAAGGGAAGGUUGUGAUGUUAGGUGUUGAUGAUGUGGAUCUGUUUAAAGGUAUUGGAUUGAAGUUUUUGGCUUUAGGUAAGCUUUUGGAGCAGCAUGAGAAAUUAAGGGGUAAGGUUGUUUUGGUUCAGAUUUUGAAUCCAGCUAGGAGCAGAGGGAAAGAUAUUCAAGACGUGAAGAGUGAGAUUGAAGCUAUUGCUAAAGAGAUUAAUGGUAAAUAUGGUGAUGAUAAAGAUAACUACAAGCCAAUUGUUUGUAUAAAGGGUCCGGUUUCGACUCAGGAGAAGGUUGCAUACUAUGCGAUAUCGGAAUGUUGUAUUGUGAAUGCUGUGAGGGAUGGAAUGAAUUUGAUGCCUUAUGAGUAUACUGUUUGUAGACAAGGAAGUGUUGAAUUGGAUAAAGCACUUGGAUUGGAAAAAGAUGAGGCUAAAAAGAGUGUUAUCAUUGUUUCUGAGUUCAUUGGUUGUUCGCCUUCGCUCAGCGGUGCGAUUCGUGUGAAUCCUUGGAACAUUGAUGAUGUUUCUGAGGCAAUGAACUUGUCAACCAGAAUGGUGGAUUCUGAGAAGUGUUUGCGACACGAAAAGAAUUAUAAGUACAUAAGCUCUCAUGAUGUAGCUUAUUGGGCUAAGAGUUUUGAUCAGGAUUUAGAGAGAGCUUGCAGGGAGCAUUAUAUCAACAAGUGGUUGGUUGUUGGUUUAGGACUUAAUUUCAGAAUCAUUGCUUUGGAUCCUACUUUUAAGAAGCUUUGUGUUGAUGACAUUGUUUAUCCUUAUAGAGAUACAAAGAGUAGGUUGAUUCUUUUGGAUUAUGAUGGAACCAUGAUGCCUCAGGACACAUUAGACAAGGCUCCAAGCUCAGAUGUUAUCUCUCUCUUGAAUUGCUUAUGCAGUGAUCAUAGAAACAUAGUGUUCAUUGUUAGUGGCAGAGAUAGAGAUUGUCUUAGCAAGUGGUUUUCUCCUUGUGACAAACUUGGUCUAUCUGCAGAACAUGGUUACUUCACUAGGUGGAGUAAGGAUUCUCCUUGGAAGACAUGUGGAUUGGCAUCAGAUUUUGAUUGGAAAAAUAUUGUUGAACCGGUGAUGGCGCUUUAUACAGAAGCAACUGAUGGUUCCUUCAUUGAACAAAAGGAAAGUGCAAUGGUUUGGCAACAUCAAGAAGCAGAUCCUGAUUUUGGAUCAUGUCAAGCCAAGGAGCUUCUUGAUCACCUUGAGAGUGUGCUUGCUAAUGAGCCUGUAGUAGUCAAAAGGGGACAGCAUAUUGUUGAAGUAAAGCCUCAGGGUGUGAGCAAAGGUAUAGUGGUAGAAGACCUUAUAUCAAGCAUGAGGAAUGAAGGGAAGUCACCAGAUUUUCUGCUAUGCAUAGGAGAUGAUAGAUCAGAUGAAGAUAUGUUUGAAAGCAUUGCUAAUUUAGCAUUGCCACAUAUAUCACAAGUGUUUGCCUGCACUGUUGGUCAGAAACCAAGUAGAGCUAAAUACUAUUUGGAUGAUACUGCUGAUGUUAUCACACUGCUCCAAGGACUUGUUGAUGCAUCAGCAGAUUAACCACACUCUUCAGGAAUUUGAAAGGAACAAUGUAGAAAGAAAUCUAUACAGAAAAACUAUCUUGUACAGAAUGAAAUGAUAGAUACCUUCUUUAGGUUCAUUUGGGAAGAAAAAAGGUUGAUACUUUUAGAAAUUUAUUACAUAUUAGCUAGCUUAUUCAUGUAACUAGCACCAAUUUUUUUUUCUUUUUUUUGAAUGACAAGGAUUACAGAUUUAUGUUUUGUGAAAUGAACCUUUACCUAACAACGAUAUUUCAUGAGUA